GAUGACGUCUCCCGGAAGUUUAGUGUCUGCUAGCAGUUAGCCAGUUAGCUUCCUCCGUCAUGGCGGAACUGAACCGACAGCUGCAGGAGUAUCUGUCCCAGUCUAAAGGCGGCGGAGCCAGGACCAUCUCCCAGUCCAGCUCCAGCACCGCGGUGGACCUGGAUGACCCGGAGCCGGUACCAGGCAGCUGGUUCGGCCGGUGGUCUAGCCGGUGGUCUGGCGGCAGCCAGUCCGGCCAAAGCUCCGGUGGAAACAGCGGCUUUUCCUGGCCGUGGUCGGCCGAGCCAGACCCCUGUCUGCCGGGCAUGAGCCGCCGCCAACGGCUCGUGGCUUUCGGCGUGUGCGCGUCCUUCUCCGCGCUGUGCUUCGGACUGUCUGCGCUGUACGCGCCGCUGCUGCUUCUCUACGCGCGCAAGUUCGCGCUGCUGUGGUCGCUCGGUUCGCUGUUCGCCAUCGCAGCCGCGGCGGUGCUGCGCGGGCCCAGCAGGCUCGCCUCCGGGCUGCACAAGUCACCCGGAGCCGCGGUGUACCUGUGCGCCCUGGCAGGGACCCUUUACGCAGCGCUGAGCCUCCACAGCACCGUGCUGACGGCGCUGGGAGCUGCCCUGCAGGUGGCUGUGAUCUUCGGCUACGUGGUGUCUCUGCUGCCGGGCGGCAGCGCCGGGAUCCGAUUCAUGGGCGGCAUGGCGGCGUCCGCCAUCAAGAGGACAGUUACCGGGAAAACUAUGCCGAUCUGACCGGGGACGGGGUGUCACAGAGCGGACACGUUGCACAGACAGUGGGGGGUGGGGACACAGGGUCCAGCGGCCGCGGGAGAGUCUCCAGAGGGUCCCGGUGUCUGCAGGCUGGGAGCAGAUCAACACCGCCCCAGUCUGCGGAGUUUAUCCUAAAGUUUUCAGCGGUGAACCAGAAUGAAAAUCUGCAGAAUAUAGGACAUGUGCUAACAUUCAGUUUUAAUUUAAAUUGUUCUAACCCUUGUGUUGUCUUCCCGUCGACCACGUAACUUUUUGUUUUUUUCUGGGCCAAAAU